AUUUUUUUUAGGCUGUCAGUGUAACAAUUUUAUACAUUCAUAAGGCUAAGCUUUUUGUUUAUUUCGUAAAAUUUAUCAAGUUUGUGAAGCGCAAUGUCUUUUGGACGCAUUACCAAAUUGAAAAUCAAUGUGGGCAAGACCCAGACGCAUAUAACCUAUGAGAAGGGCGCAACGCGCUUGUUUAGCAGCAAUCCUUCGGGGUUUGUGUUUCGCAGUCCCAGCAGCAAGGACAUUGAGCACAAACAGCUGUCUAAACAGUGUGCGGCGACCAUAUUCUUGCAACGUCACUUUGGCACUGGCGGCAGCAUUCGGAAAACACCCAGUGUGCGCAUGUUGUUGAGCGCCUUGGGUUUAGCGGAGUCAGUGUCGCAAACUGAAUUGCAAAUGGCAGAGGAGCAGCAGCAGCAGCAGCAGCUGCCAGCGAAAUCUGAGCCCACUUGGUACAGUUGUAAACUGGAACUGUUGCCUGCGGUUGUCGCUCAGCAUGCCCAUAGCCUUGUUGUGCCAACGGGCAGACUCCUUUUAUCGUGUUGUGGCUGGCAUUUGCAAAAUUGCAGCGAACGCCUGGCACAGACAAGCAACAACUGUGAGUUUAGUCUGCCCAAUUGCGAAUGUUGGCGCAUCAAAGAGACCAUGGACAGCAUAACGCAGCUGCUGGACGAAUCUCUGGCUAUGCAGGCACAGGGCGAGGCAGAGUCUAGGGAAAUGCCUGAAUUAAAUGCCAAUAUGAUGAGCUUAAAUGCGCUGCUCAAGCAGCUCAAUGAGCUCAUGGAAUUGCAAAAUCAGCAUCAAAAUUCAGACUAAACUUUGUCUUAUGUGUGGUUGUAAUUGUUAUUGUUGUCAAUCAGUGUUAAUUUAUUAAAACAACGCACUUCGU